AUGGAUAGAAAAUUUAGAAAAAGAGCUUCUAGUGUUAACUCUACUAAUCCUACUAUGAAAUUACUUGAAAAAAGAAGGCUCAUGUUUGAAGUUCAUGAAGCCUAUGAAAAUUAACUCUUUUUAUUUAAAUAAUAAGGUAAUAUAUUUUUUAAGUUAUUUUUUUAGAGGGUGAAUUCACAGCAAAGGAAAAUGAAAUCAGGUUAAAAGAUACAGAAAUUUAAACUGAAUUACUUAAAUUUUGUAAGGAAUUACAAAUUAAUGAAACUAAAAAGAAAAAAGCAAUUAGUUUAUACCAAAGUGAAAGAACUGAAAAAGAUAAAAAAAUUAAAGAAAUUGCAAAAUUAUAACAUGAUUUAAGUCUAGAUUAAUAGAUUUUUGAAAAUGUUGAAAGAAAGGGUACAAUAAUUCAAAUUUAUAAGAAUAGCUGAAAGACUUAAAAAAUAUGUAGAAUAUUUAAAUAGUAUUAUUAAAGCCUAUCCUGAUAAAUAUUCUGAUCUUGAUUCAAUAACAGAUAUAUAUAAAAGGCUUAUAAUAUCACAUUAAAUUUUAAAAUAAGAACAUGAAA